CCUCAAAAAAACUUCAGCCGCCACUCCCUUUCUUCCUCCUUGCUCCACGGCAGCAGGCUUGGCUUCUCUCCCUGUUCAUGGCGCCUCCACCUCCCUGCUUGGGCGCUGGCCGAGCCCUUGGAGCAGACGCCUCCAGCUCUUCUCCAUGGCACCUUUCUUCCCCACAGCGGCUAGCAGGGAGACCGGCCAGCCAUGGCGACCUCCCCUUCUUCCCCAGCGCAGGGAGCACGGCUCCUUCCCUCCCAUGGCCGCCAGCCCUUCCUUGCAGCGAGCUCCUCCUUCUUCCCAUGGAUGGCGCCCUAAUUUCUCCAGCAGCCAUGGACGCCCCUGCCACUGCUCCAAAUGGUGAGUUCCAUCUCUGCAGCAGCCGAGCACCUCCCUGCAUCUCCCCCGCCAUGGCUCACAACUCGGCGUCCUCCCUGCUUGUGUGGUGCUUGCUGCGUGCUCGACGAAAUGCCGCAGCGAGCAGCGGUCAUGAGAUCCCCUCCGUGUUGCUUGCAUCGGCCCGAUCUGCGCAGUCCCGACCCAAGGCGUCGCGUGGGUGUUUGGACAGCCCCACACUACGUCGUCGAUCUGCGCGGUUCGACCGUCUCCGCGUCUCGCAUCGCCGGGUCUGCGCAGCGCCGGCGUGCCGUCGUUGAAACCCGUGCCCUUGUCGACGUCACGCCUUGCGCAUCGCUCGUCGGCAAAGAGCCCAAACUAAUGGCAUGCAUGCGCGGCACGAGUCGGCCAGGACCGAGAGAUGAUGAUCGAGCAACUGAUGUGGUGCCAACCACAAGAUGCAGUUGGUGGACGACCUGAAGAAUGAUGGACAUAACCAGUGGAUACUCGCCAAGCGAGUACCCUCCCCCAGCAAACACUGUCUAAGUGUUAAAUUAAAG